UAAGUGACAGCAUGGGGGCAUUAACUGGGUUUGUUCUUGGAACUGUGCUGCUUCUGCUGGGAUCAGAGACUUGCACUGCAGCAAAGCCGGAACUUACAGUCACAACCAUAAAGCAAGACCCAUACACAAUGUCCAAAGGCUCCCAGUUGGAAGGAUAUUGUAUGGACCUGCUCUCUGAACUAGCCAAGAAACUAGGCUUUAAGUACAAAGUGAAUUUAGUGAAGGAUGGUGCUUAUGGCCGGCAGGAUGAGAGUGGAAACUGGAAUGGGAUGAUUGGAGAGGUGGUGAGAGGGGAGGCCGACCUUGCUGUGGCUCCUCUCACUCUUACUGCGACCCGAGAGAGAGCUGUGGGUAUGACUAAGCCUUAUAUGCAAACUGGAAUCAGCAUCCUCCUCCGCAAGGACAUCGUCUCAGAGGACACUGGCUUUUUCAACUUCCUAAGUCCUUUUUCUGGGGAAACCUGGCUGGGUAUCCUAAUAGCAUACCUGGUGACCGCUGUUUGUAUCUGCAUUGUAGCAAGACUUAGUCCGUGUGAAUGGAGCCAACCUGAAGCUGAGGACAAUCACUUUACCCUCAUGCACAGCCUGUGGUACACUGCAGGAGCCCUCAGUCUGCAAGGUGCUGGCCCUCAUCCCAAAGCUUUGUCAGGGAAGGUCAUCAGCUGCACCUGGUGGCUGUUUGUUGUGGUGCUUCUGGCCUGCUAUUUCUCUGGUCUCAGCUCUACGCAGAGCUCAGAGUCCACACACCUUACGAUAAAAGGAUUUGAUGAUUUGGCCAAUCAGGACAUCAUUGAAUAUGGAACACUGGCUGGGUCCUCCACACUUGCCUUCUUCAAGAAUUCUAAUAAUCCUGUCUAUCGCCGCAUUUAUGAACAUAUGGAGCGACAGAAAAGUUUUGUCUCGUCCAUGGAUGAGGGUGUUCAGAAAGCAAAAGAAGGAAGUUAUGCCUUCAUUGGCGAGUCUGUGUCCCUGGACCUAGCUGUGGCACGGCACUGUGAAUUAGUGCGGGCACACGAGGUCAUCGGCAUGAGAGGAUUCAGCAUUGUGACCCCUCUUGAUUCCCCCAUGCUGAAGAACCUGAGCAUUGCUAUUCUCCAGCUGAGUGAGUCUGGAGAACUUGCCUACCUGCGCAGUAAAUGGUGGGCCAGCAGCUGCAUGAUGGAGAGAGCUAAGGCCACCUCCCUGAAAGCACAUAGCCUGAAGGGAAUCUUCCUGGUGCUGGCUAUAGGCCUGGGUCUGGGAGUGCUUCUGGCCCUGCUAGAGCUCUCCUCUAAGUCACGCAGCAGUGCCCAAGAGCAGAGGAAAUCCUGUUGCACUGUUUUGACUGAAGAACUUAGUCAGCGUUUGAGAACAAGCAAUGUAAAGAAUGCCCGAGAAACCUCAGACAAGAGCAAAGCCUAA